AUGUCCUUCCUCACAUCCAUCCGUGCUGGCUCCCGCCGAGCCGUGCAAACCAGCUACACCAUCCCCUGCACACCCGCAUUCCACACCUCCGCAGUACAGCGUACCCUGAAAGAGAGCGACAAGAACCGAGAUGAUUUGUCCAAUAUCUAUGAAGCCGAGAAAGAACAGCAACUGAAGAGGACGAAGGAAGGAAAGGCGGCUUGGAAUCACGAUCUGGCGAGUAACAGCGAGGCGGAUAUCAAGGCGGAUCGAGGUGAAACGGGCGCCGAGGACAAGAGCUUCGAAGAGAUGCAGCAGAAGUCAAAACAGAUGCUGAACCGGAAGUAA